AUGCCUCCACAAGGGAAGAAAAAAGACGAUAAGAAGCAAGAGGAAGAUAUUGAUUUAUCUACGCUUCCACCUUGGACAGCAUUUUUUGUGCUCGUAGAGUGGCAUCCUUUUAUUUCAGAUUUCAAAAACUUUUUCAACACUUCACAAUUUACAAAUAUAACUAGAGAUGAACUUAUAGCCCAUGCGAAAGAAAAAGGCUUCUGGGUCGAUAACGCUGAUGAUUCUAUAGCCCCGGAGCUUUUAGGGAGAGCGUUCAGAGAAAAAGUAUUUACAAAUGACAUCCUAAAUCGGAAGCUUAAAAAAGAAAAGAUCCUCAAAAUUGAACAAGCAGAAAAAACGAAGCAGGAAGCUAUUGAAAAAGGACUGCCGGUUCCUGACAUUCCUGUCCCUGUUAUUGAUAAUACAAAGCCAGACAUAUUUUAUUUGGUGUCUGGGUACCCGCAAACUGCAGAUGAAGCUGAGGUCUUAAGUUAGGUUAAGAGUCUGGACAGCAGUGGUCUCCUCAGGAACUAGGGCCUGCAAUAGUGUCUUUUGAGUCUUGACGGGCUAAAAGACUCCUCAGUGUUGUGCGUCUUGUGGUUGCUAUGGAGGUAAAGGUUACCCAAAUCCUCCUCUCGGCCACCUUGAGAAGGGUUUACACCCAGGAAAAAGAACCAUGAACCCGCGGAUGGCGGGGAUAAGAAUCAGUGGCUCAAAAAUCAUCCUGAUAACUAAUACUUGGACUGGAAUUACCACCAACUGACUUCCAAAAGCCACUCACCCCAUUCGGCAGUUAUACAGCGCGCUUAGGGUUAGAAUCAAAGUGCAUGAGCCUUGGCUUAGGCUAUAAAUCCAUUUUGGCCCCACAGUAGUGCAUCGUCGUGAGGACAUAUUUCUCGCCACCACUAUAUUAAUUAUCCUGAGGUCUUAGGAAAGCUAGGCUAUGGAAUCAACCUUUCUCUCUACGUCAAGCCAGAAAAAACAGAAUUAGCAGAAAUGUACGACAAUAUGUGCAAAGAAUUUGUAAAAAAACUAGAAGAAGGAGCUUCUGACCAACUGAAAGAGCCUGAGCUGCCUCCUGAAUUUCCUACUCAUUGGAAAGCUCUUCAAAAUGCAUUUUGGAAAAGUCCCAAAGGCUCUCCACUGCGAAACUUAAUGACUUUAAUUGCUGAAUUCAAAGAAAAGCAAGAAGAAGUCAAAGAGGAAGUCAAAGAAGAGCCGCAAGACGAUAAAAAGAAAAGAAGAAGCAGCAAACAAGUUAAGCUUGGAAAACGAGUUGUGGAGCCUGCUUCAAAAGAAGAAGGAAAAAAGGCAGAGCCAAAGGCUGAGGACAAAAAGAAGGAAGAAAACAAGAAAAAAGAAGAAAUCAAAAAACCUGAAAAUGCAAAAAAAGCUGAAGAAGACCAAAAGAAAAAGGCAGAAGAGGAUAAGAAAAAAGCAGAAGAGGAAAAAAAGAAAAAGGCAGAAGAUGACAAGAAAAAGGCUGAAGAAGAGAAAAAGAAAAAAGCUGAUGAAGAAAAGAAAAAGAAAGAAGAUGCAAAAGGAGGAAAAGAUGCAGGAAAGCAGCCUAAAGAAGAAGAAAAAGUGGAAGUUGUUGAGCCUGUAAUCUUAGAUCCAAAGCAAAUUUUUGUCAGAGACUUAGGAGUGAAAAUUGCAGAGCUUGGAGAGCAUUUUAUAAAAUAUAACAACUGAAAAGAUGUUAUCCUUAUCAAGCCACUUUAUCCUAUUAGUUCUUUUGAUGUUGAAAAUAGCAUACUCCAAGAACAACAGUAUCAAGCCCAAAUUAUCCCUCCUCCCCCUCCACCUGUCGACCCUAAACAAGCUGCAUCUCAGGCACAAGCUGCCCAGCAAGCUCCUCCCAUCCCAAAACCUGUCAUUCCACCUGAGAAACUAUAUCCAAGCUAUGAUGACGCACCUAAAGUCUGAGACAACAGGGUUUAUACUAGCCUCAUACACAAAGAAGAUGAAAACUGUGCAGGCCCAGAGUAUAUUUUAGCGUGCAUGCUACGGCAGCUUGUGUUUCCAAAUCAAAUUCUUGAUCACUUUUACACAGACGCUUCAAAAGUAAUGAGCACUUUUUAUAAAGAGCCUCAAAAUCCUUUAAAUCCAGAUGCUAGAUCUGCUGAUAUAUAUGACGGAAAUAACUCUGCAGCAGCUUCUUCACGAAAUAAAAGAUUUCCAAUGGGAGAUCUUAUUCAAGACAUUGAAAAUAAAUUCAUUAAAAACCUAAGGGUUCCUGGAACAAAACGCUAUAUGAUGCCAGAUAUCCCUCAGAAAUCCCAAGUGCUCAGAGAUGCAGAGAGGUGCGAGAUUUAUCCGUUUUCGUCCUUAGAAUACCCUGAAUUAGAAAGAGCCUUGCUGAUCACCAAAUUUGAACAAAUCAUGGCUGAGUUCACAGGGUGCAGCUUCGAUUUCUCUGACAGAGAAUAUACAGAAAAAAUGAAUGAGCUGAUACUUGGCCAGACUAUAAGUAAAGCUCUGAUAUCAGAGCCUGAUAUAAUUACUGGAUAUUACCAAAGAGAUGAUUCUUUAUUACUUGCUUUGCAAUAUAAAAUAUUAGAUGGAAGAAGCAACCAAAGAGUAUGGGAAGGACAGUGGAGAGUUCGUCCAAAUUUCCAUCAGUGGCACAAAUAUUUUAAAGACGUUGAAAACGUCCCAGCUGAAUUUUAUGAUAUUUUUGAAGGAAAAGUAGGCCCAAUUUUGGAGAAAACUAAAUUGAUGUUCCCUACAGAUGGAAGUGUCUUUAAAAUCAAAGAAUACGCAAUUGGUCCUACAAUUCCAAACGAAAAUCAGCGAGAUUUAUUGUACUCAAGCCGCUUUCAAAGCUUGGUUUACAAAGACAACACAUUUCUGGGUAUAAGAAAAGGUAAAGAAUUGGGAGAAUUUUGGGCGCGUCUUCCUGAUUCCACAAAUGUCCUUGUGGAAAUUGAAAAUUCCUUACUCCCCCCAAGAUAGAGACAUUUUUUACUGGGAAAAAUAGGGAAAAUUUCUAUUUUUUGGGGGAAAAAAACCACCUUCCAAUAGAGACAUUUUUGAAAAUUUUCUUAUAUAAAUUUUUUAUAUUGAAAUUUUUCAUAUAAUGCGUGAAUUCAUUAAGGAGGUUAAGCCUCAAGCAAUCAGAUCUCAGAAACAAUAGAAGAGUGCAUGAAAUCGUUUUAGUUGCCCAUAUUUUUAUUACGCUUUAGAAGGUCUAAUAAAAUGUUAUAUAAUUUUUAAAAAAACAAAUUAUAUAAAAAUUUUCAUAUAGAUUUUUUUUUAAAAAAAUUUUUCAAAAACCCACCUUCCAAUAGAGACAUUUUUGUAAAAUGUCUCUAUCUUGGGGGGAGUUAGCUUCCAUGACAAUAACACAAACAAAUGGCCUUCAUCUUAAGCUUUUGCCAUCUGGAGACAUAAUCCAAGAAUUGACGCCAUCAAGAAUGAGGCUGAGGAUAAGUCUAUCAAAGUCUGAAAACGCUUUGCCAGAAAUCAAUAGAGUCAUAACACUUGAAGGGACUAUAAUAAGAUAUAUGAAGGAUAAAAUCCAAUUGCUUUUUGCUAAUGGAAAUUUCGCAGAAUUCAUCAAUGAUCUUUGGAUUAUCACAAAUAAUAAGGGAUACAGAAUAUCAAAAGACUCACAAGGAAAUAUUCAGCAGCUUGACUCUAUACCUUGUCUUGGAGUAACUGACCCAGAAACCAAAAUCAGGACCAUUAUCAGAGAAGACUCAGUCAAAAUCGUAGAAUUCCCGACUGGAGAACAAAUCACUGAGCACUCAGACGGGACUAAAUAUUUUAUUUCUCCAGACAAGUCAGAAGUUUUAAUUGAAUCUCCUGGGUACUGCCCAAUAAAUCUGUAUUAUGAUGGAGGCUUCAAAGAGUACGAAAUCCAUUUGCCAGACGAGUCGAUUGUAAAAGGAAGAAAUGGCAACGAAUGCUGGGAAAGCACAUUUUAUGCUUCAUGCUUAAGUGUCGUUUUUUCAACAGCCCAAGGACAAGUUGCAUUGGUCACUGGUGAAACUAAAACUGCGAUAGAAGGCGAAGAAUUGUCGGUUGAAAAUGAAAUUCUUAAUAAGAGGCCUGGAAUAUUGAUGGCUGAUUGCAUUAAAGGGACUUUAUCAAAUAAAGAUGACGCUGGGAACUUUUUUGAAAUCGAUAUGCAUGGAGGGUCUACACAAGUAAUGAAUACCCCUCCUCCACCACCUCCACAGGAAAGCCAAGAAAUCAUUGAGCAGCCUACAGAAAUAGAAAAUUUAGAAAGUCCUAAGCUUGAAAUAAACCCUACAGAAGGCCAAAACCAGGUAAACCAGAAUAAAAUUGUGACGAGACUAUUUGUGAUUUUUAGUAAUGGAGAAGGCUUUGAAAUGCUAAAUCAAUCCCAAAUCGACAGUUUUUGUUUGACCCUUCCUUCAUCCACUUAUCAGCUUUCCUACCAAGAUGGUCCUCUUACCUAUUUUACCUAUCUCCGCCCAAUAUCUCUAACUCUUCUGCAGCAAGGCCACUUAUCAUAUUCCCCACAUCUUCAAUCGGUCAACUCUAAAAUCGCUUCUUAUAUAAAAUCAGAGCCAAGCCCUCCUCACGAUGGCGAGCCUGAAUAUUUUAUUUAUCGUGGAUUUAUCAAACAUCCUCAGUUUUCUCCUGACAAACGUGAGGAAUUUUUAAGAUGUGUAGAAGACUACCAAAACUGGAAAGCUGAACAAAUGACUGUAAGAUUUGAAUUUGGGGUAGAAGAUGUAAGAAAUGAAAGCGUAAAAGCAUUGGAUUUCAGCGUAAAAAAGAAAAUUCUGGAGUUAAGAAAGGAGAAACCGCUAGGAGAAAUAGAAUCUGCUGAUAGCUUUAGAGAAAGGAUGAUUGGAAUAAUUGAGCAAAGCAGAAAAAAUGAUGAAGAAGACAAAGUGCAGUAUACAAGAACGCUAAAAAGCAUAAGAAGUGAAAGCUUCAUGGAAGACGUGCCAGCAACUAGGCCGAUAAAAAGCUAUUCAAGUACUGUUUCUUUGCAUUUGGAAAAAAAUCCUAGAGAUAUGUCAUACCAUGAGCUUGGGUUUUUGAAUUAUUUUGACUCUCCUGAAGGAAUUGAGUUUUCGGUCUACAACCCUAUGCCAGAACGGCCUCCAUCUCCUCCUAAAGAACUUGUAGAAAUCAACCCUGACGAUUUACCGCCUGAAGAAGCUGAGCACUACCACAGUAUGAAAGAAACUUUAAGUCAAAUGGCCUCUGUGACUUCCAAAGACAAUAACUUAGCCUCUCAAGAAGCAUCCGAUAACCCAUUUAUAGCUCUCGAGCCAGAAAAAAGUUCAACCCAAAAAUACAAGGUAAAGCCAGUGAUCCUUAAGCCAGUCACAAAGCCAAGCUGUUUUGCCGAGGUGGAAAAGCUUCAAAUUCUUAAAGAAGAAGCAGAAAAAGAAGAAGCCCAAGAAUAUGUUUUGCUAAAAACAAAUAAUUUUGACGUAUAUGGACAGCCAAGAGAAAUCAGGCCUACAGUUCAUUCUAUUAGAAGCACUUCGCCUGUAAGAGUUCCUAAUGAAAAAUUCAUAUUAACUGAAAGUGCCACAGACAGAAGAAUUAGAACGAUUUCGCAGUCUGGUCGGCCACAAAUAAAAGCUCCAACAGUUCAAGAAAUGAGGAGAGAAGGGACACAUACAAUUUUAUAUAAAGCACUUAUGAAAAAACAGUCAUACAGAGAAAUGAUUGACACUCAAAAUAUGAUGAUUACAGCUUUUACGGCAGAUCCACUUAAGAGGAACUUGCAGGUUAUUCCAGCUUCAGUCAGGUUCGGAGUGGUCAAGGAUGGGGAAGUAUAUGAAAUGCAGAUUGUUAUUAAAAAUGAAGACAAUCAGCUUCUAAGGUUCACGAUUAGGCAGCCGCCGAAGAAGAAUGUAAAAAUCGUUUAUAAGCCAACUCCUAUAGCACCUGGGAUGACUACGAGGCUCAUAGUAGAACUCAAUGCAAAUCACCCUGAAAAGGUAGAAGUCGAGUUUGAAGUAGCAACAAAAGCUGAAAUUUAUAAGAUCCCGAUUUUUGCAAAUGUAGUAAAUGAGUCAGAAUUCGAUGCUAUUAAUGAUGAAAGCCUUAAGCUUCAUGGAAGAGGAGCCCUUAAACCAAAUGUCAGAGUCAAGGGACAAGCUUUUGGCACAAGCGUCGAAAAAUCUGCAGACUGGGGCGAAACUUCAGGAACUGACAUCAAUCUGCCGAAGUUGCCAAAACUCAAAUCAGAUAUAAAAAUUGACCCAGAAAAGUCUUUGAAAGAUAUGAUAAGAAGUCGUAAUUUCUAA